UGAAGUUGACACAAAUGCUAUUUUCCGAAAACUUCCUUGUCUCUGCUGAUCUUUUCUUAAUCAUUGUAGAUAAUAUUAUUUUAACACUGUAACAGCACGCCAUGGAGUAUAUAUGUAAGAAUAAAAUAAUGCUCUUUGUUUUGUGGGGGAUAAGUUUUCUGUGCCUGGUUUUACGUGUGGCAGGCGUACCAGGCACUAUCUGCACAGUAGACAGGGAUGGUAUAGGGAGAUUUGGACCGGGCUGUAAGCUCCCGUGCUUCUGUGCGGAUAGAGGAGAAUGUGAUCAGACGAGCGGCACGUGCAAGGCGGGCUGCGCUCCAGGCAUGUUUGGCCCUAGUUGCCAGUACCGUGAUAUUGCACACGACCAAAUGAAGAACGCGAGGCAUUCGGAACCAUACUAUCGCUAUGCUUACUUGGCUGUGGACGAUGAUCCCAUAACUUGCAGCUCUACAGACGUUGCAAAUAGUCGCAGAACAAAACCACCCUGGUGGCGUAUUUGGUUCCCGUACAGGGUCAAUUUCACUUACAUCGAAAUAACCAUCAAGGAAACUAUGCUACGGUAUACGUCUAAUUUUACCGUGUCUGUUACAAACAUGUCUGAACAUCAAAACACUAUUACAACGUUUUGGCCUUCUGAAGAACACCUUUGUUACCUGGGCGAUGGUUUUGAUAUUGAAACGGAUAACGACUAUGCAAUCAUCAAGUUGUUUUGUAGAUCACUGUCACUGGGAAACACCAUUAAGAUUACUCUUGGUUCUGUUAACUCUCAACUAGAACUUUGUGAUGUCAAUAUAAAGCAAGGAGGAAGUAUUGCACACGGUAAACCUACUUUAAGCUCAACUGCCAAACAAGGCAAUGCGGGAAAUGUUGUUGAUGGUUCACAUGUCAAUCGCAAAAAAAGUUGUUUUAUUAGUAAAAAACAGUCAAAUCCAUGGUGGCAAGUUGAUCUUGGUGGCGUUUCAAGUAUCCGUGAACUGAGAUUGACGCCAUUUCAUAAAGGACCAUUUUCGGGAUACAAAGUGAAUAUAUCAACGCAUGAAAAUUAUUCAUUCUGGAAAACAGUUUAUAACGACUCUGGCUCAGGACAAAAGUAUGUUCAAGUUACAUUUGCUGCCAGACAUAUUCGUAUUUACAGACCGGGCAAAACAAAGUUAUCGCUUUGUGAGGUGGAAGUUUAUGAAGUAUGUGGUUAUCGCCGCUGGGGUGAUGCUUGUGGGAAGGAAUGUUACUGUGGAGGUGAAGCCCCCUGUGACAUGUAUACCGGUGGUUGUCCUGGAACAUCCUGUGAUCACAGCAUGAAAGGCCAGGAAUGUUCCAUCCCCUGUAACAAAUACUGCUCUGAUGGCUGUAACAAGGACAACGGGAAGUGCACUUCGUGUGCACCUGGAUAUUGGGGGGAGUUUUGUACCGAAACUUGUGUUAACAAUACGUUCGGUCCUAACUGUUCCAACAAAUGCAAUGAACAUUGUACCGGUCUAUGUGACAGUGUGAAGGGGACCUGUACCAUGUGUUCUCCAGGCUAUAAAGGGCAGUUCUGCAAUGAAGUCUGUUCAAAGAAUAAGUGGGGAAUGAACUGUAACAAAACCUGUGGACAGUGUGCUACUAAAGGAUGCAACUCUUACAACGGCUUCUGUCCAACGGGAUGUCAGGCUGGUUACCAGCUAAAUACUUGCGACGAACCUUGUGACAAUCGCUCAUUUGGUGUGAACUGCAGUGGCAGAUGUAAUUCAAAUUGCAAAGGCCCCUGCAACAAGACUAAUGGCCUGUGUCUGGACUGUAAAAGCGGAUUGAACGGAUCUAAGUGUGAAAGAGAGUGUCCAGACGGUUACUACGGUCCACGCUGCAUACAUGGUUGUGGAUACUGUUUGAAUGGUUCCUGUGACAGAGUGUCGGGCAACUGCUCGGAAGGCUGCAAACCUGGAUAUAAACAAACAUCACAAUGUUUGAAAAAGUGUCGCAACGGUACAUUUGGUUUGAAUUGCUCUCAAAAUUGCAGUGAGCAUUGUGAACGUACAUGUGACCGUGGGGAUGGCCAUUGCUCAUGUCAAAGGGGAUACCAGCUGCCAAUGUGUAUUAAUGAAUGUGAGCCAGGCACAUGGGGAAAAAACUGCAGUCAAAUGUGUGGGGGUUGCCAUGCUGAAAACUGUAGCAGGAUCACUGGCCACUGCCUUAGUGGGUGUAAACCUGGUUAUAAAAUAUCAUCGGACUGCAUAGGAAAAUGCGACGCCGGUAGUUAUGGUAACAACUGCUCUAAAUCAUGUAGCAUAAACUGUGAAGAUCCAACGUCCUGUAACACAACCACCGGCUUUUGUGGCUCUUGCAAGCGGGGUUGGCAAGGCACAAUGUGUAGUGAAAGAUGUCCCGACCAAAGGUAUGGCCAGAAUUGCCAGGAAAAGUGUGGGCACUGUGCGGGAGCGACGUGUAAUAUAAUGGAUGGUCAUUGUAUUUCAUGUAUACCUGGCUACAAAAAUGAUGGACUAUGCAAAACUGGAUGCGAGGCUGGUAGUCACGGUGUGGACUGUCAGGAGCGGUGUGGAAUGUGCGCCGGAAACAAAUCCUGUCACCCAGAGAACGGGACCUGUCCACUUGGCUGCAAGACGGGGUUCUCUGGAGAUGGAUGCACACAGAAGCUGCAAGCGUCACCGGAGCCUCUUACAGUGGCAAUUGUUGGAGCUGUUGGAGGUGGAGUUUUGAUUAUCACCAUCAUUGCGAUAACAGUCGUUGUUCUGUUGAUGAAAAGGCGUGAAGCUGAAAAACGCCAGAAGAAACCGCCAGCAAAUAAGAUACAUAAGUCUGCAGAAAUCCCACAUCCUGGAACAAGUAAGGCCCAGACAAAGUCAUCUGAUUAUCCUGAAGAGUCAGGGAAUAAACAACGUAAAGUUUAUUUUCAAGAUCAGCCCCUUCCUGUGGCACCCCCGGACGAUCCUGUAGUUGUACUUGAGCCCACCUACGCAAACAUGAAUGGUGAAGAGGGGCAGUCACCACGUAACCCCGUGAACUUGUCUCAGCUGCUCAGCUAUAUAGUCACAAAGUCUGCCGACCAGACAUAUUUUAGCACUGAAUAUACGAAAAUUCCAACUGGCAUGACUCACCCAGCCACCGCUGCCAGAGACCCGGAAAAUGCCGGCAAGAGUAGAUACAAGAACCUGUAUGCUUACGAUCACUCAAGGGUACUCCUGAAGAAACAGCAAGGAGGAACGGACUAUAUCAACGCUUGUUUCAUUCAGGGUUAUUCCGGAAGGCCAGAGUUCAUUGCUUCACAAGGUCCUAUGAAAGCUAUGAUCGAAGACUUUAUUCGGAUGAUCUGGGAAAAUAGCGUCAUUACAGUCGUCAUGGUUACCAACCCCGUCGAGCUGGGAAAAAUCAAAUGUCUGCCGUAUUGGAGGGAGAUGAAUGAGGAAAAGGAGAUUGGUAUGUUUGUGGUGGAGCUUACGGCAGAGCAGGAAAAUAGCGACUUUGCUGUCAGGGAUCUAAAAGUGUUCGAGAAGACUAACCCGGACGUAGCACGGAGUGUCCGCCAGUUCCACUACACAGCGUGGCCGGACAAAGAUGUGCCGGAUAGCCCCGCCAGCCUGCUCAUGUUCUGGCACACUGUCCGCGCGUACGACCCCCAACGUGUAGCGCCAUGGCUUGUGCAUUGCAGCGCUGGUGUUGGACGAACCGGAACAUUCAUUGCGAUGGACAUUCUACACAGCCAGGGCAACAAGACUGGCGUCAUUGACGUAUUCCAGUGUGUGCACACUCUGAGGGAUCAGCGCGUCAAUAUGGUCCAAACACUCAGUCAGUACAAAUUCCUACACGAGGUAAUGUACGAGGCCCUUGUACUGUCUUCUUGGCCAGUCCCGGUUGAUGAAUUUCCCAAUGAACACCAGCGCCUCGUCAAGGUCGACCCCGUCCUCAACAAGACAAACAUUCUACUAGAAUAUGAGAAUGAAAAGGCCUACCAGACGAUGGUGUUGUCAAAAAUUCGCCUGGAUUCGUAUGGUAAAGAGAUGGACGUCUUUUCUAUUGCGAGUUUGCCGGAGAACGUCAGCAAAAACAGAUCACAGUCCGUACUUGCUCAAAAUAUGUACAGACCUAUCCUUUGCACGCCAGUAAGCGGACGCAACGACUAUAUUAAUGCUGUUUACAUUCCGACGCUGUUUGAACGAUACGCAUUUGUGGUGAGUCAGACACCCCUAGAGGAGACGCUAGUGGACUUUUGUCGCCUCAUACACGACCUCGACAUCCGCAUCGUGGUCUCAUUCCCGGACGAAGGGAGAGAACAGGUUGGUAAACUUCCAACCAGCGGGUCAAGCACAAUCGGACCUUUCACAGUUCGUUUUGAGAAGGAGAAAACAUCGGACAGCAUAAUACACAGAAAAUACUCACUGACAAACAAAACUGGGGGUAAGAAAGAGUUCUGCCAGCUGGUGUACAGGAAAUGGACGAUGCGACAGGUGGUUCCCUCGGAUCGGAAGUCAUUUGUGAUGCUUCUACAUGAAGUUGAGACACUUCGAAAGGCGAAUCGAAAAAGUCCAGUCCUUAUAACCUGCUUUACGGGCUUCGAGCGAAGCGGCCUGGUGGCGGUGUUGUUUGCCGUUCUUGCUAUACUGACCAGGACAGGUGCCGUAUCUGUCCCCCUCGUUAUACGACACUUACGGACACGCAGGCAACAACUCAUACCAAAUUUCGAGCAGUUUCAGUUCUGCCACGAUGUGGCCCUGGACCACGCCAAUGCAAGAGAAACCUGCGACAAUGUCUGACUGUGAGAUAUAUUCCAUGGAGCUAGUGCGUCAGUGACGGAUUAUGUAUUAAACCUAAUAAACCCUAUUAAACAAAAUUUGCCGGUCGUUCUUGACCGGCCUUUUCUAGUGUUUCUAGAAAGAUAGAACGUACAUAACGAUCUUCGUUUGUAUAAUUUUGGUUAUGCAUGCUUAACAGUUUAAUAAACAGUUGUUAGCUGCUUGAGCUAUUAUAAUUAUUAGAAGACUAGACAUACUGCUUGAAAUGAGACUGACUGAGGGUAUUAUUUUCUCCCCAAAUUCAACCUUUGGAGUAUCGAAUGUUCUCUGAUAACUUGAAUACCACAUACCAAAUAGCGGAGUAUCAGCAUCCAGUCUCCUACGAAAUUAUCUUCCUUGACAUGCAGAAUAAAUCUGUCUACCCUGGAUCUAUAUUUUUAUUAGAGUUUUAUUUUCCUUUUCAUGGAUUUUUUUUAUAUCAUUUCAAUUGUUCAAGGUGAAUGGAGGUAAAAAUCAACAAAAAAUCAAAGAUUCCUUAUAAUAAGUGGAACGCGAUAUCUAUAAAUGGUCACGUGAUUUGCAUUUGGGCAGUAUUUACUGUACCGUAUUUUAUUGUUUAUGCUAUUGUAGCAUUAUAUUUUAUUCCCUUAUUUGUAUUUGUUCAUGAUAUUGUGGAAUUAUGGGAUUUUUCUCCUUUUAUUUAUAUUUGUAUAUAAUCAGUAGCAGUAGCAGUAUGCUUUACUCCAUUCAUCUGUAGUUGUAUGUUUUAUUACUUUUUUACUCUUGCUGUUUUCUUUUUUUUAAAUAUAUGGUACAGAAUAAUUAUAUUGUUUGUUUAAGCCUGCUGUAUAUUAAAACACUACCUUCACAUCAGCA